GAAGAGGAAGGAUCUGAGCAACCCCCAAAAAACCUGAGACCAAUGUACGGAGAAUGAGUGUGCAAGAUGCAAUCAAUCUAUUUGAGAGGAAACAGAGAGAUCAAACUGUUCAGACGACAGGUUCAGUGUUAAAUGCUUCUGUUGGUGCGAACAAAUCUGUGCUUAGAAGAUGGAGUGCAGGAAUGGGGGAGAGUUCUGCCCAAUGCAUCCCUGAUAAUGUUGCUGAAAGUUCUGUAACUCCCAUUGGAGAAAUUCAGACGAGCUCCCAAGAAGUGGAAUCAAAGCCUGAUGUUAUAUCUGGAGCUAGCAGUCCUGUAGAGACUGCUGAAGUUGUUGACAAAUUAAACUCAUCCGUGAAAAGAGGAUCUCAUCCAAUGGGUGUGCAAGCUGAUACUCUUCUAACUGAAAGAGACGGAAGUAAUGAAAAAUUAACUGCAUCAGCUGAAUGGAGUCGACAGAAAGAAGCAGAGUUGAACCAGUUGCUGAUGAAGAUGAUGGAAAGUAAGCCUGUCAGAUAUCAGAAGGCAGGGCCUGAUAAUAGCAAAAGCCAAAAUGUUCCGAGCCAGCUGGGGGCUGGAUUUUAUGAUCACUAUAAGGAAAAGAGGAAUGAAAAACUCCGAGGAGAAGCUUCUGGAAAGCGAGCUGAGAAGGAAGCACAAUUUAGAGCAAUGCAGCAGAUUCUUGAUGAAAGAAAGGCUGAAAUGGCCUCUGCAACUGCAAGUCAUGUUGGCAGAAGACAUCCUGGGAGUAAACCUCAAAAAUCACCAAAAGAUUUACGGCAAUCUGCAAAUCCCAAGAAGGAAACCUCAAAACCUACUGUUGUGAAGAAAGCUUCAUCUAAACCAUCUCCACUGCCUGCAAUGCGUAAAUCAUGGCCAUCAACACCAUCACCAAGAGCUACAGGGACAUCACCAGCUAAAACUCCCGCUGGGACGAUUUCUGCUGGUACCACUCCUACACGUCGGAAACCGCAACCAGCGCCAUCCGUUCCUCGAUCAAGCCCAAAAGUGGAAAGAUCACAACCACGACCAAAGACUGUGAAGGCAACCCUGAAUGAUACUCACAAGAGCAUUAAGGGUGUCAAUGAGAAGCGGCAGCAUACUGUAACUGAGAAGAAGCAGCAAACUGUGACCGAGAAGAAACAGCAGCAAACUAUGACCGAGAAGAAGCAGCAAACUGUGAUGAAAAGUGGGAGAACUACAAAAGCCAAAGCUCAGAAUAAUUCUGGAGAUGAUUCAUCCAUGAUGAAACCUAAUUCCUAUAGCAAGGUGAAGAAGAGCACUGUGGUACCACUAGAAUCGAAACCUUUUCUCCGUAAGGGCUCUGGCAUUGGCCCUGGUGUUGGUUCAGUUGCCAAGACAAAGUUUCCUUCUCAGCCUGAGGAGUCUUUGAGAAACUCUGGUGAUAUUAUCCAAGCUGAGGAGAAAGAGGUGGUGGCAACCAACACUUCUGACAUGGUCACACAGCAGCAGGAGAGCAAUCUUGAAGCACAGGAAAUCCCUGGUGACUUAGAACCGGGAACUACAGAGUCAAAUAUCACCAAGGAAUGCGAAGACACGGAGAGCACUAGUCAAGUUACUGCCAAUGAUGAUGAUAGCUUUCCAAGAAUGGCAGAAUCUGCAUUAAAAACUGAAGCUGAAGAAGUAUCAAUCAUCUCCCCAGCAGCCUGGGUGGAAAUAGAAGAGCUCCCGGAUGAGCCUAUUCCAUGCAAUGAAAACACUUCACAACUCGCAUCUUCAGCUACUGUUGCACUGGUGGGAAUGUCAAGUCCACGUGUUCGCCACUCUCUGUCGCAAAUGCUGCUCGAGGACAGCAGUGAACCUGACACUACUGAGUGGGGAAUUGCUGAGAAUCCUCCUGCCAUGAUCUACCAAAAAGAUUCACCAAAAGGAUUGAAGAGGCUCCUGAAGUUUGCUCGAAAAAGUAAGCCCGAUUCAAAUUUGACUGGUUGGGCUAGCCCGCCUGUCUUCUCUGAAGGAGAGGAUGAUGCUGAGGAAUCUGGAGCUGCUAGUAAGAAAAAUGCUGACAAUCUACUGAGGAAGGCUACUCUUCAUGCAAAGAACUAUAGGCAGCCAAAGAGUUUCUCAAGUGAAGCGUAUGAGAAAAAUUCAACUGCUCAUGAACUCUAUGCCCAAUCAAAGCAAAGCAAAUCCGAUGCUCAAAGUUCUUCUCACAAGUUGCAGGAGGGCCAUAUCUUUACUUCAGCGACCACAACUAAAGCAUUUAGGGGCAGCAAGCCGAAUGAAACAAAGCUUCAUUAACGCAGAGGACAUCAGGAAGUACGAGGGUUGUAAGUUUUAACACAUACCCUUCUCCAUGACCUAACACGAGUGAGUUUUGAUUCAAGACAAAUGUUUCUUUUCUCUUUCUCCUUUCCUGCUGCCAUAUGGUGUGUUCCUGGGGGUAUUUGUGUGUGGUUACGAUUCUGUAGAGAAGUCUGGUAGUCUCAGGUUUUCAUCAGUGAACAUUUGAAUAUACUCUGUAACGACAUAGGCUAGAAACUUGGCUUGGGGUUGGGGUGGGCAACAAAGUAUUUGUAAUUUGUCUAGGAGCUGCCCUUUUUGUUUGUAUGUGAU